GACGAAGAACGGCCUCCAGCACUAGAGUCACCGUGGCUCCAGGCGGCAGCGGCAGAGUCACCGUGGCUUGCGGAAAGUGCCAAGUCGGAGGCAGAUGAGCGACCGUGGCGAGCGAACACCGAGUCCACGGUGUCCAUCAGCAAGACAGACCGUCACACUUUGGGGAAAUAUGCCGAGGUGGACGUGGACAUCGUGCGGGGUAUCUCACUGCGCGGGUCGCUGUCAGGUGGUGGACGCAUCUGGCGCUACAGCCCGGACACCUGGACUCCCUCUGACCGGAUGAGUCUCUACGAGAUGUCUAAGAAAGUGUCCCGUUUUCAAGUGUUUCUGUCUCAUACCUGGUGGACUCCGGGAAGAUGGAAAGUGCUCUCCUUGUCCUUGCAGUGUGGCUGGCACUACGUACUCCUUUGCUGGUGCCUGUCCAUUGCCCUUUGUACCGGCCUCUGCAUAGCAGACGUCCUUCCGAUGCCUCUCAAAUACAAGGCGAGCAUCAUGGGCUUUACGGACCUUUGCCCCAUGGGCUUUUGGAACGUGCUUGUCAGCUGCUUCGCCACCGUCGCCGGCGUGAUAUCUGUCCCGCUUUGGCCCGCCAGGUGUGCACGCUCGGACAUCAGCUUCGUGGAUGUGACCAGCAUCCACCAGGAAGACCAGGAGUUGAAGGAGCGCGGGGUCUACGGAAUUGCCGGGUUCUUGUGCAUCUCUGACGAGCUGCGCAUUCUAUGGAGUUCGCCCUACCUGUCCCGGCUCUGGUGCGUCUUCGAGCUUGCGGCUUACAAAAAGGUGAACCCAGGAGGAACAAUCACUUUCAGACCACUUUUCAUCGAAAGGACUGUGUGCGUGAUGCUGGCUUCGGCAUACGUCUUUGCAGCUUUAUUUCUCGUCGCGAGGGAUGUCUUUGGACCGGGCAUUACGACGAUGGCUGUCGCCUUUGCUAUUUUCGCGUGCCCAUAUGCUGCGGGCAUUUAUUUGCUUCGAAUGAGCUUCCGGGAGAAGCACCAGCUAAUUUCACAGCUUGCGAACUUUGACUUGGAAGACGUGCACUGCGCCGAGCAGUUCGACCGAGACUUCAUCCACGCAGCUAUCGAGAAGUGGUAUGGAAGCAAGAGGGCCUUCACCGAGUUCGUGCGUCAAGAUCUAAGGAAGGAUGUGGAAAAAAUCCUGGCUGCCAAGCGCCUGCCCAGACGCUAUUUGCUACUUCUGCUCCUCCCCAUCCUCAGCUGUUCCAUGGAAUUCUUCCUGGCAAACUGGAAAGGCGGCGCACCCCGUGACGUUCUGCUUUCUUUUGCUAUCGGCAUCCUUUUCGGCUACGACAUCUUCUAUGUCACCGCCUGUUCGCUUCUCAUGGUUUAUCUUUGCGACAUCCUGGCUCCCAAACGCUGUGGAUGUCUGGAUCACCUGCAGACCCUUUUCGCGAUCUUCCUCGUGGUGGGACUUCUCAGUCUCGGGAAUCAGCUUUCCGCGCAGGCCUAUCAGGGGAGCCUCAGUGGCGCUGUGGUUUUUCUGGUUGUCUCAAUCGGCUUUGCGUGGCUGAUGUGGUGGAUGGAGCGCGACUCCAUCGAUGUGCUUGCGCCCAAGGACGACCCGCCAAGCCCUCCCGCCCGAGCAGAAGUCGCUGGAAGCAAAGCCCACGCCUUCGGUCCACCCGUGAGAGAGUGGGUUUAG